UUAAAAAUAAAAAUUCUCAUUUUGCAAAAAUUUUCGAAAAUAAAAACAAAACUAACCUAAACCAAUGCCUCCCUCUCUUCCCUCAUUUCCAUUUUCGCUCAUUUUGUAGUAGUAGUCGGAUUUCCUGUCAAGGGUCAAUGGCCAAACAUAGAAGAAAAUAUGAUGAACGGAUGCCGAGAAUUUUUAUUUUCUUUUCUUCUCCUCUUCAAAACAUGCCCCAUACCAAUUUAUUCAUUCCUCUCAUUAUUUGCUUGUUUUCCCUUCCUUCAUUUUUGUCCAAUGUCCACUCCCAAUGUUUUAAGGCCACAAACUAG